CAGGGAGACCAAUUUUCCUGGCUCUCAGUUAAGUUCAUUAUUCCCUGAAAAUGUCAGGUAGAGCAGCUGUGGUGAGACUAGGGGGAAAUAGAGGCGUGGUCCCUGCACUAGGGAAGUUCUCUAAGGAGAGAACUAGGGUCCAGAGGAGAGGUUGGACAAGAAAGGAGUGAGGCGGGGCUCAGAGAAAGGAAGGAAGAGAAAUAGAAAUGAGGACGUGCACGUCGAACGCGCCAAGCACAAUCUCUACCCGGAGCCUUAGCUCUUGCUGUACCCUUUACCUGGCAUGCUCACUUAGAUGUCUACACCAGCUCAAGUUUUUGCUCGAAGAAAACUUGUCUGACACCCAAGUGACAGUGAUAUCACCAGUUGCGAUUCUGAUGUCACUCUUCAGCCCCAACAAGGGGGAGGUACAUGGAAGGCUGGGGGAGGAAACAAGAUCUUGAGCUGAGCAAGAACAUCCCAGCAUCUUCACUGACUUUUACAGUAUAGUCUGGAGUCUUCUGUGGUUCACUAUUCCAGUACUACAGAGAUCCCUUAUAUUUCAUGGCAGGAGGUGUGGGUAAAUUUAGGGAUAGUGAAGACAACAACAAAUUAAUCACGAGGUUUCCUCAUAUCUCAGAACCUGUCCUCAGUAAGAAUGUCAGAUAGGGUUGACUGGUUACAAAGCCAAAAUGGAGUAUGCAAAGUUGAUGUCUAUUCACCUGGAGACAGCCAACCCCAGGACUGGAAAAUGUCGGAUGAAUCCUUGUCUGUUUUUAAGGAAGCCUCAACUGAUCCUAUCAGAGUGCUCAGCUGGCUCCGCAGAGACCUGGAAAAAAGUACAGCAGGGUUCCAAGAUGUUAAGUUCAAGCCUGGAGAAUCCUCACUGAGCGGGGAAACGAGUGACUUAGGAGACCCCCGCAAGGGUUUCUCUGUGGACUAUUACAAUACCACCAACAAGGGCAGUCCAGGAAGAUUGCAUUUCGAGAUGACUCACAGAGAGAACCCCAUUCAGGGCCCCAGUGUCCAACUUGGUAAUGGGAGUUCAGUAGAUGAAGUUUCCUUCUAUGCUAAUCGCCUCACAAAUCUAGUCAUAGCCAUGGCCCGCAAGGAGAUCAAUGAGAGGAUAGAUGGCUCUGAAAAAAAAUGUGUCCAUCAGUCAUUGUACAUGGGAGAUGAACACACACCCAAGAAAAGCUUGAGUAUGGUGGCAUCAGAACUAGUGAACGAGACUGUCUCUGCAUGUUCCAAGAAUGCUACCUCAGAUAAGCCUCCAGGCUCUGGUGACAGAGCCUCUGGAUUAUUACAGAGUCCCCCAAAUUUAAAAUAUAAGACCACUCUGAAGAUCAAGGAGAGCACCAAGGAAAGCAAGGGUCCAGAUGACAAGCCUGCUUCUAAGAAGUCUUUCUUCUACAAGGAGGUGUUUGAAUCUCAUAAUGCAGGUGAUGCCAAAGAGGGUGGAAGGUCCUUACCUGGGGAGAGAAGGAUGUUUAGAGGGCAAGAAAGGCCUGAUGACUUUACAGCUUCUGUUAGUCAAGGGAUCAUGACCUAUGCUAACAGUGUGGUAUCUGAUAUGAUGGUUUCCAUCAUGAAGACACUGAGAAUCCAAGUGAAGGAUACAACCAUUGCCACCAUUCUGCUAAAGAAGGUACUGCUCAAGCAUGCAAAAGAGGUCGUCUCAGAUCUUAUUGACUCCUUCAUGAAGAACCUCCACAAUGUCACAGGGACCCUCAUGACUGAUUCAGACUUUGUCUCAGCUGUAAAAAGAAGUUUAUUCUCUCAUGGAAGCCAGAAGGCCACAGAUAUCAUGGAUGCCAUGCUGGGAAAGCUAUACACUGUAAUGUUUGCAAAGAAACCUCCUGAAAAUAUAAGGAAAACUAAGGACAAGUCUGAGAGUUACUCCCUUGUGUCGAUGAAAGGAAUGGGUGACCCUAAAAACCAAAAUGUAAACUUUGCAACCAUGAAAUCUGAAGGUAAAUUGAGGGAAAAAAUGUACUCUCCUGCAUCCAAACCAGAGAAGGAGAAGUCUUGUGCCGAAACUCUGAGUGAACACAUUAUCAAAGAGGGAUUGACCUUUUGGCAUAAAAAUCAACAAAAAGAAGGAAAAUCUCCAGGUUUCCAAAGGGCAACAUUUGCAGCUCCCAACAAACAGUACAAGCCUGUAGCAGACAUUCCUCUGGGAUAUCCUCUGGAUACUUGCAACCUCACCCCCCCUAUGCACCACCAAGAGAAACCUGAGAAUUUUAUGUGUGAUUCAGACUCCUGGGCCAAGGACCUGAUCAUAUCUGCCUUACUUCUGAUUCAAUAUCACCUGGCCCAGGGAGGAAGCACGGAUGCACAGAGCUUCACUGAAGCUGCUGGCGGCGCCAACUUGCCUGCCAACAAGUCCCCUAUAGUUUCUGAUGAGCCCAGCCCUAAAUCUCCUCAAAUGGAAGGUGACCAAGAAGAAGCAGAAAAGAAGGAUCUAAUGAGUGUUUUCUUUAACUUCAUCCGGAAUUUACUAGGUGAGACCAUUUUCAAGAGUGACCAUAGCUCUGAACCCAAGGUGCCAGAACAGCCAGUUAAGGAAGAAUAUAGCCACCAGUGUGAAAGACCUGUAACCCCUUCUCCCGUCAAAUUAAGUGAAGGCGAUGAGGCUGGUGGUACCUUUUCUGGGUUGACCAAGAUGGUUGCUAGCCAGCUAGAUGGCCACAUGAAUGGACAAAUGGUAGAACAUCUUAUGGACUCAGUGAUGAAGUUAUGUCUCAUUAUAGCCAAGUCCUGUGACUCUCCUUUGGCAGAGCUGGGAGAUAAGUCUGGGGAUGAGAGCAGGCCAACUUCUGCCUUCCCAGAUAGUUUAUAUGAGUGCUUACCAGUGAAGGGCACAGGGACAGCAGAGACUCUCCUGAAGAAUGCCUAUCAAGCUAUCCAUAAUGAAUUGAGAGGUAUAUCAGGGCAGCCUCCUGAAGGAUGUGCAGCACCCAAAGUGAUUGUCAGCAAUCAUAGCCUAAGUGAUACAGUUCGGAACAAGCAACUCCAAGCCGUACUUCAGUGGGUAGCCGCCUCUGAACUCAAUGUCCCUAUUUUGUACUUUGCUGGUGAUGAUGAAGGAAUCCAAGAGAAGCUACUUCAGCUCUCAGCUGCCGCUGUGGACAAAGGAUGCAGUGUAGGUGAGGUCCUGCAGUCAGUGCUGCGCUAUGAGAAGGAGCGACAGCUGGAUGAGGCGGUGGGAAAUGUUACGCGGCUGCAGCUGCUGGACUGGCUGAUGGUGAACCUGUGAUCGGCACCCACCUACUGCUUUCCCCACUUCCCCUCCCUUCUUACUUCCACAGCUCCCCUGUCCAUAUCCUUACAGAGCCCUAACAUUAUCUUCAUACCACUCACAUCAAAUACAUGUCAUCUUAUGCUAGCCACUGGAUUUUGCAGAUUUUCCUGUCCAUGCAAGCAAGGACACAAAAUUAAAAAAAUUACAAUUA